AUCUCCCUGCGCCGCCGCCGGAAGUUCGGGCUCUGUGAUGGUGGCGCUCGGCCGGGAGCUGAGGUGGUCGGCGGCGGCCGGGCAUGAGCGAUGACCCGACUCCUGGGCGUGGUGCACAGAGUGGCUUUGGCCAUUGUGGGCUGCAGUAGCCCGAGCUGCCGCAGUCUUGCCAUGUUCUAUGCCGUGAAGAGGGGCCGCAAGGCCGGAGUCUUCCUGACCUGGGAUGAAUGCAGAGCACAGGUGGACCGGUUUCCUGCAGCCAGAUUUAAGAAGUUUGCCACAGAGGAGGAAGCCUGGGCCUUUGUCAGAAGGUCUGCAAGCCCCAGUGAUUCAGGAGGGCAAAAAGCUAAACACGUAGAAGAACCACAAGUGAAAGCAAGCAAGCGACUCCGUGAGCCCUUGGAUGAGGGUGAAAAGGCAGAGCCGUGUGCAAAGCACGUGAGACAGAGCACAGAGACACCAUCUCCAGUUAGCAAAGACACCUUUUCUUACAUGGGGGACUCUGUGGUCGUCUACACCGACGGCUGCUGCUCCAGUAACGGGCGCAAGAGGGCCCGAGCGGGAAUCGGCGUUUACUGGGGGCCGGGCCAUCCUCUAAAUGUAGGAAUUAGACUUCCUGGGCGACAGACAAACCAAAGAGCAGAGAUUCAUGCAGCCUGCAAAGCCAUCGAGCAAGCCAAGGCUCAGGACAUCACUAAGCUGGUUCUCUGCACGGACAGUAUGUUUACCAUCAACGGCAUCACCACCUGGGUGAAGGGCUGGAAGCAGAACGGCUGGAGGACCAGCACCGGGAAGGAGGUGACCAACAAGGAGGACUUCGCGGAGCUGGAGCGGCUGGCGCGGGGCAUGGACAUUCAGUGGAUGCAUGUUCCUGGCCAUUCGGGAUUCAGAGGCAACGAAGAGGCGGACAGAUUGGCGAGAGAAGGCGCGAAGCAGCCCGCAGACUGAGCAGUCGGCGGGAUGGAGUCAGGACUCUCGGGUGGACCUGUGCCUUCGUGGGGCUGGAGGAAGGUGCAGCCCCCCCCCACGACCCACGACCCAGGACCCAGGACCAAGACCCAGGACCCAUGCCCAGCCAAGGGGACGUGGCUGCGCCUGGUGGGCAUGAGGGGGGCCGCCUGCUCCUGCGGUCACGGCGUCUGAAGACCGUGGUUGUAGAUGAAUGCUGUAAAAGUGUCUUUGGUUAUUUUUGUUAAAAGCACCUUGAAAAUGAAAAACUUUAACGUUGUUUUUUUCUUCUAUUAGAAAUUUUGUCAUAAAAGCAUGCAGAAAAUGAUACAAAAUAAAUGGACAGCUUAUUGAA